UAAUGCAACGUGUUUACCGGCCACUAGCGGCCCCGUCCAGAUUGCGGCCUGAAUUCUGAUUGCCAUGCGAUAACAAACAGCCAGACAUCAUUCAAUAUCCGAUUACACAGUUUCGAUCAUUUGUCAUCGGUUCUUCAAACGAAAUGUACUUCUACACAAACGCGGUUGUUAUUGCAUUAGUGAUUAUUGUCGCCUCGGCCUCCACGGUCAAAUGGGUGCCCAAUGGAAGUUUCAAUUUACCGAACAACUACAAAGAUGGUAAACUUCCGUGCUCGAAGCAAACCGUUGUAUUACCAGAAGUGUUAUCCGCCUCCGUGAAGCUGCAAUCAGAAAUCGAUGUCGGCGGAUUUGUCCUGCCUUCUGAAGGAUAUAUUAUCCUGGACGGUGUCGUGAUGCUUGGAGACAGCGGGGAAGAAAACUGUACAGAUGGGAAUGCAUUCUAUUUGGAAAGAUCAACCUCUGCGUGGAAUCAAGCUGGUGCUUGGAGUUCUUCAAGGUUUAACGCAGCCACACCUGAUUCUGAAAGGUUACCGUGUUAUUAUGACAAAGUCGAAUUUCCGAAUUCGAGAUACACUGCUCGGUUACCACAGUUAGAACAAACUGUCAGAGUUUUAAAGAUCGGCGAUAAAUCGUAUGGCACACAAUCGUUUCGAACCUGGGUUUCGACUGAGGUGGACACAGAACAAAAUUUUGUUUUCAACGAUUACAUGUCAACUGGAGUGUCUGUUAGGUAUAUGGUAUGCACUCACAAGUUUGGAUGUCCGUGUCAAGAAAAUCCUAUAGAAAUUGACUGCAGCGUCAAGUAUUGCACGCAGCCGACUUGCGUCGCGCCGGUGAAGCCGCCCGGAUUCUGCUGCAAGGUCUGCGGAGGUUACAUCACGUUUGAAGUAGACGACAUGUUCAAUAGGAAGGCUUUCGAAGAGCUUGUCGACAAAAUGGUCAGUAGUUACAGUUCGAACCUUGUUUACCACAUAGGAUUCACGCCGGUGAAACGUUCAAGAACUGUAUUGCUUGUGGUAGUGGAGGAAGGGGAAUACACCGGCCGCAGCGCUGAAGUCAUCAACGAUAUAGAUCGCUCCGUGGAUCGCGAUUGGUUCAAGGGGCAGAAACAAGCAUUCUACAGCGGCAGUCCCUUGUCCAAAGCCGGUAUGGGCGGGAAGAUAUUUGUGUCAGUGUUCUUCAUUGUCAUUUUGGUUUUAAGUUCCAUAUAUUUGUAUUACUACAAAUUACCGACAGUGGAAGUGCCUUUCUUGAAUAGAGGUACAAGAGGGAUGUUCAGGUUCCAAAGAAGGUCGGAUAGCGUCGUGUCAUUGACCAGCAGGAGGGAUUCUACUACCAUAGGGGGAGUUCGCACCGCUUUUAGAAAUCCAUUGUAUGACUCGAAAAGGGGGCGUGUGCAGGUCGCUGAGUCAGUCGUCGAGGAGUAAUUGUUAACAUGUGUUAUGGAUAAUUUGAUUAAAUGUAUUGUGAUUAUUCAU